AUGUCGGUGGCGACCGGGGGCAGCGAGGCGGCGGCGGGCGGCGGCGGCGGGGGCCGCGUCUUCUUCCAGAGCCCCCGCGGCGGCGGCGGCGGCGGCGGCGGCUCCUCGCGGGAGGAGGCGGUGGCGGCGGCGGCUCAGGUCCAGCAGCGGCGGCACCAGCAAGGGAAGGUGACGGUGAAGUACGAUCGGAAGGAGCUGCGGAAGCGGCUGGUGCUGGAGGAGUGGAUCGUGGAGCAGCUCGGGCAGCUCUACGGCUGCGAGGAAGAAGAGAUGCCAGAUGUAGAAAUUGACAUCGAUGACCUUCUCGACGCAGCCAAUGAAGAGGAGAGAGCUCUCAAAUUACAGGAAACUCUUGUAGAUUGCUACAAACCAACAGAGGAAUUUAUCAAAGAGCUGCUAACUCGGAUAAGAGGAAUGAGGAAACUCAGUCCCCCUCAAAAGAAGAGUAUAUAAAUAACUCGAAGUAGUAGCACUCUGUAAAAGACAUGGCAAGGGAAAUGGGACUUUGAAUACAAGACCUUUAUUAAAAUAGUUGUCUUUCUCCACAACUUUUUUGAUUUCAUUCAGUUUUGACUCAAGGAAUUUCUUUUGUGUGUUUUAAGGGUUCUUUUUUAAAUGUCGAUUAUUUUUUUUAUCAAGAAUAUCAACGUUUUGGAUGCUGCUCAACUUUCACUUGAGGAUUACUGAAGCAAGAGAAGAAUCCAAGAGUUAGUGAUGGGGGGCAGCAAGCCUACAUGGUGAACCAGAAGAUCUUGUAAAUUUACAGAGCUAGGAGACUUCUCCUUGCAGCUAGCUGGAUAACGUUUUUUAAGUUGGUUGUACAUUUAACUCAUGGAUGUCAAGUUUCUUGUGCUUGUCUGUAC